AUGCGCUAUGAUGUAGUGUUGACUACAUAUGCCGUUCUUUCAAAGGAGAUUCAUCAUGCUACGCCCCCACCAGAUCGCAUCACACGUCACGAGAAGCGUCACGAGCGCCGAGUUAGCCCACUUGUUGGUAUAUCAUGGUGGAGAGUCUGUCUCGACGAAGCUCAGAUGGUUGAGAGUGGCGUCAGUCAGGCUGCUAGGGUUGCGCGACUCAUUCCGCGUUGUAAUGCUUGGGCAGUUUCUGGUACUCCACUUCGAAAAGAUGUGCAAGACUUGUUCGGUCUCCUACUUUUUCUCAGGUGCGACUAUUUCGCCAACAAGAGUGCCGUCUGGAAUUACAUGGACAAAGCUUCUUUCAAAUCCAUCUUCGGCCAGAUUGCUCUACGACACAGCAAGGACAAGAUUCGUGAGGAGCUCCAUCUCCCUCCACAGAAGCGUGUCGUCAUCACUGUGCCAUUCACUGCCAUUGAAGACCAGCACUAUACCGAGCUGAUGCGUCAGAUGUGCGACGCUUGCUGGCUCACCCCUGAGGGACUUCCCUUGCAGGAGGGCCGGGACACAAGUGAUCCCGAAGUCAUCGAACGGAUGCGAGAGUGGCUAGUGCGGCUACGGCAAACGUGUUUGCAUGCCAAUGUUGGCCGUAAGAACAGGAAAGCCUUCGGUGCAAGGAACGGCGCUUUGAGGACAGUACAUGAAGUUCUUGAGAUCAUGAUUGAGCAGAACGAUACGGCUUGGAAGUCUGAAACCCGCGAGAUGAUUAUGAAUAAGAUCAAGGCUGGCCAUGUCAUGGCAUUCGCUGGCAAUAUUGAACACCGAGCGCGAUCUGCACUGACACUGUAUGAGGAAGCUCUGAAGGAUACGCAAAGCUACGUGGAGUCAUGCAGAGCGGAGCUUCUCCUCGAGCGACAGAAGCUGGGGAAGUCCACUUCAGAGCAGCCAGAUGUGCUAACGACGGAAGACCACGAUACAAGCUUGGACACGGAUAGUGAGGACUUAGGCCGGAUACCGGUCCUUUGCAAGUCCCUUCGAUUGUUUCUGGAGCUCGAACACGCUUGCAAGUUCUUCAUUGCUACAACGUAUCAUCAAAUCAAAGAAAAGGAAGAUCUCGACAAUCCCAAAUCCGAUGAGUACCGUAGAUACGAGGAGCUUGAAGUAUCAUGGUACGAGCAAGCCAAGGCUAUUCGACGCGAGCUCUUGAAAGAGUCUAAGGGCAGGGCUCAGCAGCAAAUGGCAAAAAUCAGUUCUCGAAAGCCAUAUUAUCAGAUCAGCAAAAUUGUCGAUCUACCGGGUCUUGGUGGUAUUGAAGCACGCAGUAUUCUCGAAACCAUGGAUAACAUUAGCGACUACCUGAAUGCCCAAGCGAAACAAAUUCAUACUUGGCGGAUGAAAAUUGUGGACAUCUUGUUGUUGCCUUUAGUCGACGAUGACGAUGACAAGGACAUCACAGGUGAUGAGUACGACGAUUCACUCAAAUCUCAGGAUGAGCUUUAUGUGUACAUCAUGGCUUUGCGUACCCUGAUUGCAGAUCGCGGCGCUGCAGUGAACGGUCUGCGGGACACGUUGGUAGAGCACGAGAUGAAAGCUGCAGAGAAACAAGCCAAGGGAAAAGAAAGCAAUGGCGAAGAACGUGGUCAUGCUCCUGAGCUGGUCAUCGAAGUCGCAAAUAUCAGGCGAAAGCUACAAGCAGGUCUGACAGGUGGCUCACUGAAAGGUGUGGUCUCUGGUGUACGCUCGCUGAUCACGGGGCUGCAAUGGCGAGCAGACAGUGGCGACACUCGUGCGAAGGCAGAGCUAGAUGUCAACCAAAAACAUCUGGCUCGAAUCCAGACGAUCGCUACCCAGCAGAUAAAGACCAUCGCCGAAUUAGAGAAGGAACAAGACAUGUUUCGAGGUACCAUGAACCAACGCCUAGAAUAUUAUCGCCAGUUUCAGCGCAUCUCCGAUACAGUUGCAAAAUGGAAAGAAGACCUCGACGAGACUUUUGACCAAAGCGAAUUCGACAAGUUCGAGAGUUUACACGCGCAGAAGAAGGACCUAGUCGCUGUCUUAAAAACCAAGAAUACGUAUCUUACCCAUCUACGGACUGAGAACCAAAAUGAAGCAAUGCCCGAGUGCAUUAUCUGUCAAGACGUCAUUGAAAUUGGUGUUAUCACAACCUGCGGUCACAAGUAUUGCAAAGAGUGUAUAAACACCUGGUGGCAUCAACAUCGCACCUGUCCCAUCUGUAAGAAAAGACUUUCGUCGAGUGAGUUCAAGGACAUCAGCUUUAAGCCCAAAGAUAUGAAAGUGCAGGAAGAAACUACUCAAGUACCAAAUACAUCGUCAACAGCCACGCAAGCCUCGACACCUGGAGACGCAGGGACAUCGAUAUACUCCUCCAUGAGCGAAACCAUGUUAAAAGAGAUCAAAAUGAUUGACCUUCCUUCCUCGUACGGCACGAAAAUCGAUUCAAUUGCGCGCCACCUCUUAUACCUACGCGCCAACGACCCAGGCGCAAAAUCCAUCAUAUUCUCUCAAUUCUCCGAUUUCUUGGUUGUCCUACGCGGUGCACUGCGUAGCUUUAAAAUUGGGGCUUCGAGCAUCGUCGAGCGCGACGGUAUCGCGCGAUUCAAAUCCGACCCCAGCGUUGAGACGUUCCUUCUAGACGCCAAGAGCGAUAGCAGCGGUCUCAAUCUCGUCAAUGCCACCUAUGUAUUUCUCUGCGAGCCGUUGAUCAAUCCGGCAUUGGAGUUGCAGGCUAUUGCGCGGGUGCAUCGGAUUGGGCAGAAGAGGGCUAUCUAUGAGAUUUCGGUGAAGAGGAGGUUGGAGCAUAUGGGCCGAGGGAGUGGCGGCGCUGCCGAUGCUGUAAGGAAGAAGGAAGAAGAUGGGGAAGACGACGAGAUUAUGGGGCAGGAUGGGGGCAGGGGAGAGAGGGUCAAGGAAGAGAGUCUGGAUCAGGCGAAUUCAAAGGAGUUGAGGGAUGCAUCGGUCAAGCAGUUGUUGAGGAAGAAGGGCGACGGGGAGAUUGUGAAGGAAUGCGAUUUGUGGAAGUGUUUGUUCGGCAGGCCGCGGACGGCAGCGGUCGCUCGACCGGUUGUGGAGAGGGACGUAGGGCGGUUGGAGCGGGUGACUGCGGCGGUGAGUAGGGCGACAGAUGGUAGAUUUUAG